AUGCUCUGUAUAGCCGAAGGAAUCAGCCGAUCUACCCUGGAUGCAUCUCUUCACGAGGGUCCCCUUGCCCGCGAACCAAACAGAUAUACUAACUAUCAGACAUAUAGUAUAGUCAGUACCACAACACCCAUGCCGCCCAAAGGCCAAUCGGCGGGGUUCAAGCAACGUAAUGCCAUCGUAGGCAAUGCCUGGUCAUCAUAUAGCGACGACGAAAAGGAUGUUUUUUCCCCCAGGUUGUUCGAACGCCUCAUACAAGCACUCAUGCAAGAAGCCGACCCUCUUCUCGCCCCGGAACCCACAUCAACCAGUCCAAUUGAAGCCGAUGCCGAUGAAUUAACUGACGAGGACAAAGCUCAAUAUUUGCCCUUAUUCAAAAAUCUAGUUAACAUGCAAAACGUCAAGCGUGACUUCAAAAAUGGUCAACUGUGUAGGCACAGCGGAACACCCAAUCGAGUAGAAAAAGUCGGCAUUGAGGAGAUCAAGAAAGUGGUUGAGCAAUUUCACCUACUUGUGUCUGCGUGGCAUCCAAAUACUACAAUGACCCGUGCCUUGUAUCAAGAUGAGUUCACAUCGUGUGAACGCUGGGCUGUACAUGCCCGCAGUGAGUUCCACCUCCUCGAACGAUUUGCUUUGGAGUCCACUCAAGCACCUCCCAAUACGAAAAAAAAGAACAAAAAAACCGACUCUGCAACUGCAACACAUCAAGAUUGCCUGCGCAAAGAGCUUACCACCUGCCUCAACGGUCUUGUACUUUAUAUUCAAUUAGCCGCUAUUCAAUUAGUUUUCAAAUAUUCAGCUCUUUCAGUUAAAGAUUACAUAGUUGAAGAAGGCAUACAUCAUCUUUCACAAGUUAAUGAAGAACUUUCACCAGAACAACGAUUCACGCUAGCUAUCAUUCGAGAAACAACAUAUGCUUCAUUGACCGAUAUACUUUAUUCAACCCCGACGAAUCAUAAGAAACUCGAAUCUGAAGAUAGUACAGAUGGAGAAUCAUCUAAAUCAUAUUUCGCUGCACUUUGUUUAGCUUUAUUGGAAUCGGAUGUUUCAAUCAAUCGAAUUGAUACAGAAGAAGAAACAGUUGAAUUUCAAAUUAAAUAUUGUCCAAAUCAAUCAAAACGAUUAAUGUUUGAACUUAUCAGAAUGGGUAGUCCGACCCAACAUUUAAUGAAUGAAGAUACAAGAAUCACAAUCAUUAAGGCUUCUCAUGAUUCUCCUAAUCAAAAUGAAUUAACUAAAAUUGAGCAAUUAAAACUUGAAUUGGAGUUAAGUACUUAUCCAAUUGAACCUGAAUCAGAUGUUAGAAUUGCUUCUAAUGUCAUCAAUACUCUUGGAUUGAAAAUCAGUCAAAUUGAAGCUUUUAGAAAACGUGAAGCUCAAUUAUUCGAAAUCCUUGUGCCUACUUUGGCUAAUCGAAAUCAUUCAUGA